AUGCUAGCAGCAGAACAAGAAUACAACCAACAGCAGCAGCAGCAGCAGCAGCAGCAGCAGCAGCAGCAGCAGCAGGGUGGUGGUGCUGCAGAAGGAACUGCAGCAGCUGUUGCUGCUGCAGCAGCAGCACUAAAUACAUUAAAGUAUACAAGGAGAGAAGGAGACGAACCACCACCACCACCACCACCAGCAGCAGCAGCAGCAGCAGCAGCAGCAGCAGCAGGAGGAGCAGCAGCAGCAGCAGGAGGUACAGCAGCACUAAAUACAUUAAAGUAUACAAGGAGAGAAGGAGACGAACCACCACCACCACCACCACCACCAGCAGCAGCAGCAGCAGCAGCAGCAGCAGCAGGAGCAGCAGCAGGAGGUGUAUUAUCUACAGAAAAUAUAGGUUUAUCAUUAAGAAGAAGACAGCAGCAGCUGCAGCAGCAGCAGCUGCGGUUGCUGCUGUCACAAGCAGCAAAGACACCAAAAACAUUUUACGGUGUACGUGCAGCAGCAGAAAUAAAAAUAGGAGAUAUAGAUUUGCUGCUAGCUGAAUAUCAGCAGCAUAUAGAUAUUAUAGAUAGAGCCACGUUGCUGCUGCAGCAGCAGCUGCGGCUAGACCAGGAUAACAGCUGCAUGCAGCAGCAACAGCAGCAGCAGCAGCAGCAGCAGCAGAUGCUGCUGCUGCAGCAGCAAACGGGUAGAAGGAGGCCUCUAGAUAAUUAA